CGCCCGGAAGAUUUAGCCUGCCUUGUUGUGGCAAAAAUAUUGCAUCCUUUUAUAGGAAUAACAAUGUCAUUCUUAGUCCUGGGAAAAAACUAUACAUAAUAUUUGUGUUUAGUCCUUAGUGAACAUUUAACUUUUUUUGUUUGGAGAAAGGUUUUUUUUUUCUUUUCUCAUUUUUUUUUUUUUUGUUAACCUGCGUCUCACCUGCUGUCGGCAACAGACAGUCGCUUGGAAUAGAAACCUGCGCUCCGUAGCCUAAUCCAGGGGUGCGGAAACACGGAAAGAAAGCAGAGAAAGUCAAUUUUUUAUAUUGUCCGUUUCUGAAAGGUGUUUGGAUCAACCGGAUUGUGGAAUGGAUGACAGCCCAAGCGCUCCGGCCGACUGGGACACCUCGGUCCAGUUCCUUCCCACCGCCGACUCCCUGAAGCCGAAAAAGAGAAGGAGGAGGCCGACUAAGAAGGAGGGCAUCGGCAUCGGUGUGGGGAUGAUGAUCCUGGCUGUGGUCUUGGCUCUCAUCACUGGGCUGCUGGUCUGGCAUUUACACAUACGCAGGGCCGAAAGAAUAAAGAAGAUGUACAGCGGCUCCAUGAAGAUCACGGGCAGGGGCUUCCACGACGACUACGAGGACCCCGAAAGCCCGGCCUUCCAAGACCUGGCUUCCCAGGUGGUGGAGCAGCUCAACGCAAUGUAUACAAAAAACCCACGGGUGUCCAAAUACUACGUGGGUUCCUCUGUUCAAGCCUUCAGUGAAGACCUUGAUCGGGACAACGUCAUGGCCUAUUACCUGUCGGAGUUCGAGGUGUCGCAGGGGCAGGAGUCCGUCGUCGACGGCGACUUGACCUCCGAGGGCGAGCCCGAGCAGCUCAAGUCCAGGCAAUUCCGCAUGCAGGAAAACGCCCUGCAGUUCCAGAACAUGGUGUCCGGAGCUGUGGAUCCCCGCUUGAACCAGAAGAAUUUUAAAACCCAGAAAAAAUACACCUACCACGCCCAGAGUGACAAGAACCAGACCCUUCAGUCCCCCGGCUUCCCCACCUCGCCGUACCCGCCGGAAAGCUUCACCGAGUGGGAGCUGCGAGCCGACCCCGGCUUCAGGAUCAAGCUGGACUUCCUCAAGUUCACCCUGGAGGACGACUGCAAGAAGGACUUCGUCAAGGUGUACGACUCCCUGGUCGCCAUAGAGAUGAAAGCCAUGGCGGAGAGGUGCGGCUCCUACCCUCCCAACGAGCCCCUGUCCUUCAUCUCCUCGAGGAACGUCAUGCUGGUCACGCUGGUCACCAACAAGGACAAGAACUUCCCAGGCUUCCAGGCCGUUUUCACCCAGGUCCCACAGGCCUUAGCAUGUGGUGGUAAACUGACAGGACUUACUGGCACCUUCAAAUCUCCUAAUUAUCCCGGGCACUACCCCCCUUCUAUUAACUGUGUCUGGGACAUUGAGGUCCCAAUGGGGCAAUAUAUCAAGGUCCAGUUCAAGAAAUUCUACCUGGCUGAGCCGGGAGUCAGCCCCAAAACAUGUCCUAAGGACUAUGUGGAGAUAAACCAAGUCAGACUAUGCGGAGGAAAGCUCAGGAACACCGUGAUGACCAGCAAUUCCAACACCAUGAGGGUUACGUUCAACUCAGACAAGUACUACGUGGACCAGGGCUUCCUGGCCGAGUUCCAGGCCUUCGAGCCCUCCAAUCCCUGCCCAGGCAAGUUCAAGUGCUACAACAUGCUGUGCAUCAACCCCAGCCUAAAGUGCGACGGGUGGGAUGACUGUGGAGACAACAGCGAUGAGAAGAACUGCGUUUGUGAAAAGUCUCAGAUCGCUUGUAAGAACACUCUGUGCAAGCCGAAGAUGUGGCAGUGCGACGGUGUCAACGACUGCGGAGACAACACGGACGAGGAUGACUGCGGCGCGUGCAGGAAGGAGCAGUUCACGUGCCUGAACGCCCACUGCGUCUCCAACGAGACCAGGUGCGACGGGAAGGACGACUGCGAAGACGGGUCGGACGAACUGGAUUGUGGGGGAGUUUCAGUCGUGCCCUGCACGGAGCUCACGUACAAGUGCAAGAACGAGCAGUGCAUCAAUAAGCUGAACCCGGAGUGUGACAAUGCGAAGGACUGUGAGGACGGCUCUGACGAGGCCAGCUGUGAGUGUGGCAAGAGUCCUUACAAGACCGCAAAGAUUGUGGGCGGGCAGGACGCCUAUGAGGGGGAGUGGCCUUGGCAGGUCAGCCUCCACGUCCAGGAGAAGGGUCACGUGUGCGGCGCGUCCGUCCUCAACAACCGCUUCAUCGUCACCGCCGCACACUGCGUGCAGGACCGCGAUAUACUGUACUCUACACCGGAUGUGUGGGAUGUGUACCUGGGCCUGCACAUUCAGCAGGUGAUCAGUAAAACGACGGAGCAGAGGAAGCUGAGGCGGAUCAUCCCGCACCCCGACUACAACCACCUGACCUCCGACAACGACAUCGCCCUGAUGGAGCUGGACGAGCCCGUCCUCCUCAACAACAACAUCUGGCCCAUCUGCCUGCCCGCCCAAACGCAGAGCUUCCCCGCCGGGACCAGCGUCUGGAUCACCGGCUGGGGCGCAACCCGGGAGUCCGGCUUUCUCGCGAAGGUGCUCCAGAAGGCCGAGGUUCGCAUCAUUAAUGACACGGUGUGCGACAAGCUCCUGGAAGAUGACAUCACGCCACAGAUGCUGUGCGCCGGGGUGAUCAGCGGAGGAGUGGACGCCUGCCAGGGUGAUUCCGGGGGCCCCCUGUCCUACCUGGGCGCUAACGGCCGCUAUUACCUGGCGGGCGUGAUCAGCUGGGGGGAGGGGUGCGCCCGCAGGAACAAGGCGGGCGUCUACACCCGGGUCACCAAGUUCCGCAGCUGGAUCAAGGAGCACACGGGGGUGUAGAGGCGGGAGCGGGCGGGCGGUGGGGGGG